GAAAAGGAUUUGGCUCUAAGGGUUGGCAUAUUGGCAACAAUGCACCUACCAAUUAGUACUGGUAUGGAUAAUUUAGAAUUGUUGACUGUCCCUAUCUACUAUCUAGCAAAACCACAGCCAAGGGAAUGGGCUUGGCAAAAUCAGCAGGAGAAAAAGACCCUGUUGAACUUGACUCCAGUUUGA